UUGCGGGAUGCGACAUAUUGAGGAUUUCAAAGACCUUUUCGAGAUAAAGGGAUACGUCGCCGCCUAUCAGGAAGGAUAAUACACGGGCUCCAACUGGGCCACGACACGGGAUGUCCCGAGACAGAGGUAUAAAGUGCAUGCAUUCUGACGAAAUACCAGAUUGGUUCCCCCGCCAAUCUUUUUCUUGCCACUUUUACGAUAUCAGGCCCAACUCAUCGAUUCCAACUGUGUCGACAUGUUCGCCACACCCUCCUUCAUACUCCUUCCGCUGCUGGCAGCUCUUCACAUGAUGAUCUCGGUCAAGGCAGUCGAGUCGACCAUCCCAGCCGUGUGGCCGAAUCUCGAGGAUUAUCUGAAAGAACAUAACGGCGCUUCGUCGCCCCUUUUACGGAACACCAGUCGCUUCUGGGACCCAACCAAGACGAGCAGCUUUGAUGCUCAACGUGCCUUGGCUGCCGCGAACGUGCAGACGGGUUGCGCUCUUGCCAUAUAUUAUGACAAGAUUGACGCGCGACUCGAAGAGAGAGAUGUUGGAACCUUCAUCACCACGGCAUAUGGGCUUCCGAGUUAUAUCUGGCCCCUCGCGAUCGCCCCGAUCUGUGUCGACGGGGACACCGUGCAACCUGCCGAGUACCCUUCGUCAUCGUCUGACGACGAGACUGUCGUCUUUUGGCAGGCUCAUGCCAAUGCGGAACAGGACGCAUACUUGAUCUUGCCUGCCGCAAUGAACGUCAACGCCUUUGACAUUGGAAACGAUUGUGUCAUUCUUUCACGCGACACGAUCGGAGCGUUGCAAUGGGGAGGUGCUUCGAUCAAUAACGAGUGAGUCAUGCGUCUGACUGGAGCAGAGCAAAAGAAACAGCGCUAGAAUGCUGAAAGCACAGAUCUGAUAGAGUAAACG